AUGGAUCUAGGCUUCAUUGACUUUAUUGAUGAUAUUGAUAGAGAAGAUUUAGAUUUCAUGGAUAAUUUUCGAGACAGCCAAGUGAAUCGUACACGUAUAGAUCCUUUUGAAACUUUUGAUGAUCUUAGGUUCAAAAGGAAAACUAGAUUUAGUAAAGUUUAUGUUAAUCGAAUAUACGAUGUAAUAAAAGAAGAUUUCCCUUACGAUGUUCGCGGUCAAACUAUAGAUCCACGAACACAAGUGGUGUGUGCUUUGCGAUGUUGGGCCCGUCAUCAGAUUCAAGACGACAGUGGUGACUUGCAUGGUAUAUCUCAACCAGCCGUCAGCAAGAUAUGUAAGAGAGUUUCUGAAGCGCUGGCUAAAAUGGCUCCUUCUUUUAUUUGUAUGCCAAGCUCUGUGGAGGAGCAAACAGAGGUUAUCAGAAAUUUCAGACAGAUCAGCAACUUCCCCACUGUUGUUGGAGCAAUUGACUACACCCAUAUAAGAAUUAAAAGGGUUUCAGGUGACCUUAGUGAAGCGUAUGUUAACAGAAAAGGGUACUACUCUUUGAACGUCCAAGUAGUCUGCGAUUCAAGCCUAAGGAUUAGAGACAUUGUUGCCCGAUGGAGAGGAAGUGUCCACGAUUCACGAAUUUUUAAUGAGAGUGCUAUAAAAGAGAGGUUUGAGAAUUCAGAAUUUCAUGGCAGACUAUUAGGAGAUAGCGGGUAUGCGUGUACUCCUUAUUUGUUUACUCCACUACUACAUCCAAAUAAUGAGAAAGAGGAAGCAUAUAACAAAGCACACAUAAGUACAAGAAAUACGAUUGAAAGAUGCUUUGGCUUAUGGAAGCAGAGAUUUAGGUGUCUUUUGAGAGGAAUGUACAUGAAGUUGAGUACAGCCAAAACAUCUAUUGUAGCCUUGGCUGUUCUACACAACAUAGCGAUAGAUAUGAAUGAGCAUAUUGAUAUUGUUCGAUAUGUCAGACAACGGCAAAGGCAAAGACUACACCCAAGAGAUACGACGAGAGGAGCAAUAAUAAGAAAUAAUUUUAUUAACCAGCAUUUUUAAUUGAAAUAACUUAUAACUAAAUAUUACAAUAAAUAACUAAUCUAAGAU